AUGGAGAAGCAAGGUGUCCCCCUAAACCAAUACCCUCAAUCCCCCGAUCUCGCCCACCAACAACCCCCCGUCUACGGCCAGCAAGAUCCCUCGCAGCAGCAAUACACCCAGCAAGCCCCCGUCUACGGCCAACCUCAGCCAGGCGUCCAGAGCCCCCAGCCCACCGGCCAGCAGCCCUACGGCGCAGGAUCCCCUCCCCCAGGCCAACCGCAACCCUACGGCCAGCCCGGCGCCGCCCCUCCAGCCGACCAAGCGCAAUACCAGCAGCAGCCAGGCCAACCCGGCAUGCCUCCCCAGCAGCAGACCGGCCAGGUCUACCAGAACGCUACCCCCAUCGCCAACCUCGGUCGCGGACCCGCGCCCGCUGACUGCCCUGCCUGCGGCCAGCGCUCCAUGACCACCGUCGCGUACGAGAGCGGAAACACCACACACGCAUGGGCAGGCGUCCUCUGCUGCUGUCUCUGCCUCGGCUGCAUCCCCUACCUCAUGAACUCGCUCAAGGACUGCUCGCACAAGUGCGGCCGCUGCGGCGUCUUGCUCGCUACCUGGCACCGUAGCGGCACCACCGAGGUGCACAUCCACUCUUAA